AUGAUCUACUGCCUGGACUGCGCAGAAAGCGCCCCGAUGCUGUCGCGAGCUUUAGCCAAGUCCUUGGAGGAGCGCGAGCUGACCAUCGACACCGGCCUGGCCCGGAUUUUCCUGAUCAGCGACAUCCUCCAUAACUCCGCCUUGAGCAGCUCUCGUGGGGCAACUCGCUACCGGAGCACCCUGCAGGAGUUGCUUCCGGGGGCCUGCGAGCAGUUUGGCUUCUGGCUGCGAGGGAAAGGGAGGCAGUCGUUGAGACAGUCCCGGUCUGAAGCGGCUGUUCGGCAAGUUCUGGACUGCUGGCGCGACUGGUCCAUCUUCCCGCCUUUGUUCCCCGCGGGGUUGGAGGCGCUUCUCUUUGCGGAGAUCACGGAGGACACCGACGCGAAAGCCAAGAACGAUCAGGACCCGGAGCUGCAGGCGAAGCUGGCGCAUUGGCAAGAUCCAGGCACAGCCCCCCGGGCCCCCUAUGCCGCGCGGCUUCGGGGCCUGGCCAACUCGACGCUUCCCGUGGCGGCCUGCGUGCUGCGGCUUUGCCACUUCGAGCGCUUCUGGCACAGUGCCGACCCUGCCCGGCGGCAGCGUGCGGGGAUCCGAUCGCCCGGCGAAGGGGAGAAGGCGACGUCGUUCUAG